UGCUCGAAGGGUAGACCUCUGAGAUGCGCGUGGGGAGAAGCUUGGCUUUGGAAUAGAACCGAAGUGCUCCUGUCUUUCGCUCCGAUUUUUAUUUCUGUAUUAUUAUGGUGAAAAACUGGGCAAUGGCUUUAAGUUCCUGGAAAUAUAAUUGCGUUUGCUUGCUUUAGACAAUGCUAUAUCUUUUAUUUUAAACAGUGGCAUGCGUAUUUCGCGAGGAUUGUUGAAGUGCCACCAGGAGUGAGUGGUUUUGGCAAUAUGUGUCGCUGGAAUAUGGUAUGCAACCGUCAGGCUUAUGGAAUAUAGCCUGGUCUGUCACAAUCUGAAUGCGCUUUCAUUUAGCCCGGUGAAAAAGAAACUUGUCUUACUCUGCAUCAUGUUUUUACUGUGGGUAUACAUGUUAUACUCAUGCGUGGGCUACUGUGCCACCAUGCCAAGUUUGGUAGUAGACAAUUACCGGGGUAAAGAGACGAUGGCCGUUGGCACAAGGACAGAGAACGGUAAAACGGAUCUGAUAUCCAGACUGCUGCCCAGGCGUCAAUCGUGGGUUGACAUAGAGUCUGACUAUGAUGAGCCAUCUAUUAGGACUGCUUCCAGAGAUCUGCUCAAUAACGACAUUGAAGUGGACAAAACUGAUGACUGGGACGAGAUACGGGGUGAACAGAGAUCCCUUGAGCCGAGUGCUAUGUCCAGUUUCUCCAACGGGUCGGGAAGCAAGAAGCUGCCCCAGGCAGUCAUCAUCGGGGUGAAGAAAGGAGGGACGCGCGCUCUGCUCGAGUUUCUCCGCGUGCAUCCCGACAUCAGAGCGGUGGGAGCCGAGCCGCACUUCUUCGACCGCAACUAUGAAAACGGGCUGGAAUGGUACAGGUAA